AAUCCAUCCUUCAUCAAUGGACACCAACAACGCCCCCAGACGAUUUCGCCGCAAUCGACCGUCUCGGGCUCGCGGUUUGAGAACCUCGACGGGCUGGUAGGUAUUUACUUACUUACUCCCACUCGACUGGCUAAGGCUGGCCUUGAAACCGCUGACACUACCCUACAGCCUCACCUGUAGAAGAAGACGCGUCAAGUGUGACGAAGGCAAGCCCAGAUGUGUCCAGUGUUCCAAGUCUGAUCGAGACUGCCGUUAUGCUCAGCAACUGAGUGUCCUAGUACAAGCAGAUCAGGACAUCUCCGAAGCAGUGAAGUUGCGCCAGGAUGCAGACCCUGAGGCAUCUUGCAGCGGGAACAGCAGUACCGGCGGCCUAAGCGUUGCUCAAGAGACGGGCGAUGCUGAGAAUAAUCAACCCAGCAUCGAGGGAACGGCCAGCUACCAGGAUAACUUCCAAGUCCUUGUUGAACCUUCCGUUACAUUCCAGCUCCAUGACUCCAUCAAUAUAUCCCAGGAUGACCAGUCAGAGACGAGUAAUGAUGGAUGUUUGCCCAACGUAGACUUUGAUUUCGCUGCGUCUCCGUUAGCCAGGAGCCAAGUUUCGCUGCUCAACAUCUCGCCAUUCGAAUGGUACGACCUGUUAGCGCAGGAUGCCAUCUCCCAGAUCCAACGAUUAAACGAUGCCUCGAAUGGCGAACCACGAUGGAACUUUGAUGAGAGCACGCUCUCUCGACGGCAGUCACCCGCCCCGAGAUCUACCGAUACCGACUCCCACGCACAAGACCGUCGCGGUAAUGGUCUUGGAGUGCCCUUAGUGGAUCACGAAUCGGCCAACAAACCAUGGAACACCACUGAGAGCAUCGAGCUCUCGCCAGCCGACCUUGGCUUCUUUCGUUACUACACUGACAUUGUUGGACCGAUUCUCGAUCUGUUUGAUCAAGAGCGUCAUUUUACCAAUGUCGUACCUCACCUCGCGCUGCGCAAUUCGGGACUAUUGAAGGCGAUACUUGCAGUCGCAGCCAAACACAUGUCUCUUGGCGUCAAAGUCAGGCAGCCACAGAGCCAUGGCGGAAACUCGAGCGAGAGCAACUCAUCGUCGCCGGAGACAACAACAGGCGGUGGCCAAUCCCCGGAACACAGUCAAAUACCUGCGCACAUGGCCACCCAGUACUACUACGAGACCCUCCAGUAUCUUUCGCAGACUCUACUCUAUCCUUCGUAUGCAGAAUCCCACGAGAUUCUAGCCACGGCCAUAAUGAUCAGCACAUAUGAAAUGUUUGACGCUGGCGGCACCUCGACGAGCGGCAACUGGGAACGCCACCUACGAGGUGCUUUCUGGAUACAACGUUCCCAAGACAACGAUGGCGAGUCCAUCGACGGAUUGAGGCGAGCUGUGUGGUGGGCGUGGCUUAGACAGGAUAUCUGGGCAGCGUUCCGGGCAGGGAGGCCGACUCUUACUAUCUGGCGCCCCAAGAAGAGACUCGAGGAUCUCGAUUCUGACGAGCUCGCCACGAGGAUGGUCUACAUAUGUGCCAAGUGCGUCGAGUUUGCCGCUCUGGACAAGACCUCACCUAGUCAAGAUAUACAACAGAAGAUUGAGCAUGGUAACAGACUUCUUCAAGCCCUCGAAAAUUGGUAUCGUAUCCUUCCUUGCUCGUAUAAGCCAGUCAUGGUGACAGCGGAACACGACACCAUGAGCCGGGCACCCUCAACCUCCAAGUCUCAGACAAGGUUCCGAUCCGUAUGGUUCCACCCGCCGAACCACGCCGGCGCCAUGCAGAUGUAUCACUUUUCCAAGGCCAUCGUACUGCUGAACCAGCCCUCAACCGGUGGCCUCAACGCGUACCGUCAGCGUCAAAAAGGCCUCAACGAAAGCCUCCACAUGGUUUGCAGCAUUGCAAACGCCUGCCAAAGGGGCGAGCCUGCAAUGGCCUUUCUCAAUGUCCAGGCCAUAUUUGCUGUCGGCCAGUGCGUUCAGAUGCCAGAGAAGCAGGCGGAACUCCUUGAUACUUUGGACAGGAUGUUGGAGAUUAGCAAGUUUCCCGCUACGGGGCUCGUAGCAGAUCUUAAGCGCGUAUGGCAAGAAUAAGAUGCUACUUCGCGACUACUGCAAAGCUGACUUGAAGCUUUUCUUGUCCAGAUUGGAUGUAUCUUGACUUUCAGCUAAUCCAAUGACUUGGUCAUCGCCGAUCGACCAAGCCCUUCACGUUCAAACAGAGUAGACGACGAAUCUGGUUAAACUGGGGAAAAUGCGUUCAUCUCACGCUUCUAUUGUUACCGUGCAUAGAAAUAGAUACAUCACCAAAACGUGCUUGUAACCUUUUACCAA